GUGAGAGGUGUGCAUGCUUCUAAAAUACUGCGUAGACGAAGGCCCGUUCUUUCCACUUCUCACUGCCGCGGGGACUCGGCAUUGCUCAUGUCUCCUUUCUAUCAAUAUACGACGUUGACGAAGCCUUCAUUGAGCUUCCGCUCCGUCAUCUACCAAUAGUCAGUGAGUUUGAGCAGCCGAUAAGAUGUGUUGCCCCAUGCCCUGCGGCUGCAUAUGUUGAGAGCUUAGGUCGACAGUCGCUGGUGUGAAGUCUAUCCCGAAAGGCGUUCGUUACUGUGUCACUUCCCAACACGAGUACCUCGUCAGACUCCGCGUCCAGUCUCUCAGGUUGAACGUUCAUGCCGAAGCAAUGAGUUCCGCACAAGAGUUGUCGUCCUGGUUUGCGCCAAAGGGAACGACGACCGCAUCCCACGUGCCAGAAGUUGGCAGUCAGGCGCCAACGACCGCACUACUACCGCUCGACACUGGCAAACCUACAAUAAUCGCCUUCCUACGACACUACGGCUGCCCAUUCGCGGAAAAGACAUAUCUGAGACUCCGAGACUGUGCUAAACAACAUCGCGACCUCGACUUUGUAGCCAUCUCGCACAGCUCCAACGAAGCGACAAACACAUGGCUGAAAGCUUUACCGCAGACUGGCAGUGAGCCCGGCAACCUCAGAGUGAUCGUUGAUGACAAGCUGGAGCUGUACUCUGCAUACGGGCUUGGAGCGUCGAGCUUUGCUCAUGUGCUCAGUCCGUCAAGUUUCUACGAAGUGUGGCGGAUGGGGUCACAGGAGGGGAUCUGGAACCGACCAACGGAGAGUGGCUCUCGGUGGCAGACUUCGGGUUUCUUUGCGAUUGAUAGCGAAGGCGUGGUACGAUGGGGAAGGGCUGCUCAAAGUGCAGACGAUGUGCCCGACUUUGAAGAGGCUGCUGAAGCAGUAGGUGGCAGUUCUGCUGUUAAAGCCAACCUGUAAACACUCUCUCAACGUUCCCAUUGGAGACCCAGAGUACACCGCUAGGGAGUCCACAA